GGCGUGAGUAUUACGCCUUGCGAUACUGUGGCAAUAUCCGAUCCCAUAGAAGUGUAUGACAUGUUCAUAGUGGAAGAUGACGAGUCCAAAGAUUCCAAUAAGCAAAAUGGGAGGUUCUAUAAGCGUCUCAUACGGCAUGUACGACGGCAGCGCGUACUUUACGAUCCAAAACAUAAACAAUUCUCAUGUGCCGAAGCGAAAAACGAAGUUUGGGCCAAAAUUGCAAAGCGAAUGGGUUGCGAUGCUGAUCUCUGCAAGAAUGCUUGGGUGAACUUGCGUUAUUCUUAUCAGAAAUAUGUGCGCCGAUUGCGUAAAUUCUUUGCCAACAAAGCGUGCAAGAAGCGGAGACGCCGACCUAUUAUGGCAUUUGAAACGGAAUUAGUUUUCCUCUGGCGUUUCAUUGUCGACAAAAUACGCUGUCCCCUGCCCUACAGCGAUGAGAUGGAGGUGCAAGAAGCAACGCCCGUACAACCAGCUGCCGUCGAUGAUGAUAUAGUUUUGCUGGAGGAUGACGUUGAGGUGAUCGACUUGGACGAUGAAACGCCGUCCUUAACAAAAGUAUUUGCUAAGCUAUGUAAGGUACACUUCCAAGUCACGCCGGAAAUACGUCGCUUGAUUUACAAUUUGCAAUGCUAUCAGGAGAUAUUCGAUAGCUUCCAUCGGUAUUAUGAGGAUUAUCGGCGCAAAGGCAUUAUUUGGAAUGCCAUCGCGAACGAAGUGGGCGAUAAGGCUACGAAAUUAAUGAAAUGUUGGAUACAUAUACAAACGCGCUACGAAUGGGAGCUUAUGCAACGCCGCUUAGAAAAGGAGUUAUCAGCUACAAAGCCGCAAACUGAACUGGAGAGUCUUUUGCAUUUCACAAAGGCACACAUACUUAGAAUGCCAAGAACGGUUUACAAAAGUUCAUACUUUCUCAAAAUGGAUUGGCAUGAGCCCAUUGAUCACUUUAAAAACAUCUUCAGCUUGCUGGUGGCAAUGAAGAAAUAUCCAAUAGUGAUUACGCUUACCGAAAUGAUGGUCAACAAAACCGAAGACGUCGAUACUGCUAAAUAUACGCAACUUUGGACCGAUGUGGCAAAUACUAAAGGUGGCACUGUUACACCUGGUCAGUGCGAGACCACUUGGCUCAUCCUGCGUUUGUUUUACUGGGAGCUAAUGGGCAUGCGCAAACACAGUUAUCAACUGCAAGACAAAUGGUAUUUCGAAACAAUUAUAACGGAGCUAUAUGCCUUGUCCAAAACGUAUAAGUUGCCACGCGCUAAAAAGCCUACACUCGGUACGCUCAUGAUAUCGUCCAUAUGCGUCGAUGAGAUGACCAAACCUCCAUUCUCAACCACUGACAAUGCAAAUAAUGUUAAGCAAACCGAAGUUGUGCCCAUGCACAACAGUACGCCCCCGCUUGAUGACACGCUAACGCCGAGCGCUAUCGUACCGAUAUCGGUCAGUUUGGAUGAAGACAAAAUCAGCUCUUCAAUAAUCGAAACUAAGAGUCAAACGUCAGGUAAAAAUAUCGUAAUACGCAAUAAACCGCAUAACAGCGCCUUGGACAUUUCCUCUGGCUCCACUUGCACCACCGUCUCAAAUACCGGCUUGGUUGUGACAGUGACCAAAGUGCCGCCGAAAACGCAUACAAACGCCGUCAUACAACAGGAUGCACAAACGGCUUAUCCACAAGCGCGUUCGCCACAAAUACGCGUCAAAUCGCAGGCGCAACUACAAGCCGAACCCAUAAAAAUGCUUGUGCAAGCGCGUCCACAGAUACAAAUACACGCACAACCCACCGCCGCACCGACGCCAAACCAACCCAUACAAGUACAAACCAUAACGCUGCCGCGCAUGCCACAUUUACAACAAGCACAGCAAUAUCAAAUGCUACCACUCACGCCAAUACAAGCGCAACCCAAGUUGGCGACGAAGCAACAAGCAAAUCAGCAGGCGCCAGCACAAUUCAUACCUACCAAUAUGGGUCAGUUGCUGCCGCCAACAGCAAUAGAGCCGACAAUCCACGAAACUACCACAAUAAGUUUGGAUACGAUAAAGACACCGAAAAUUGUGUCGGCGGUCAGUUUGGCACCGCGCGCCACCUUCCCUGUACCCUUCAUCAAUAAGGGUUUACAAAUUACCGCUGUCGCAGGUGCUUCCACCAGCGCAUCACCGCCCGCCCCACACACCAACACCGCACCAUUACCACUAUGCGCAGUAGCACCUGCCCCGCAUACCAGCACCGCACCAUUACCACUAUGCGCAGUAGCAACUGCCCCGCAUACCAGCACCGCACCAUUACCGCUACGCGCAGUAGCACCU